AUGAAUCAAAUUUGCAGUAAUCGUUCUUGGUCGUAUUUCAAGGAAAACUACCCACCGAGUAACUGCAUCACGGAUGAAAUCGAAUUUUAUAUUACUGUUUGUCCAUGCAAGCAAAGUGAUGCCAGUCAUCGGUCCAAGCAUAAUUCGUUUGCUGCGGUCCGUAUUGCCGAGUUACUAUCCAAUGCCGGUUUCAUCAACGAAGAUGUGAAGCUUAAUGUAGUCUCCUGCUGUUCUGAAGAAGAUUUGGGUGAUAAAGCUCCUAGUCAUGUGAAACACUAUGUUCUUAUACGCACCUCCAAAGCACUUCUUCAACACGCUGCCUGUAUUUUGAACCAAGGCUUCUCUGGAGUGCCAGCGGAUGAAAGAAGCGUUGCGACAGCUCUCGGCGUUGCCUCAUUGACUCCUGGACAAAAGGUUUGGCUUGGUGGUCUUGCUGUGAGAAUGAUUCAAUUCAGUCAUGACCAAAAAGUCAGUCUGAAUGCUCUAACAUCGUGCGAGAUCUAUGAUACAAUUCCUCCAAUGCCAAAGUGCACCAUUAAGAAACCAUUAUCCUUAGCAGUAGUUACGUUGAGCGAGCGCGGUUCGGCUCUCUUCUGUAUGAAAUCGAGGGAAAUAGUUAAGAAUAUGACUCCACUGCACAAUGUACCUGAACGCGAUACUGUUUGGUCGUAUUUUCGUGGUCAGUCUGUUUUUUUCCCUGGAGUGAGCUGGCUACGUUGGUAUCUUGGGGAUGCCAUUGGUUUCUACUUUGCCUGGCUACGCAGCUAUUGCCUUUCGCUCAUCUUCCCCUCCUGCGCCGGUCUUCUUACAUGGUUGCUUGUUUCAAUAACCAAUAGCAUUUAUUCUGACCAACCCGCCCAGCUGUUCACAAUGCCCAUAUUCAGAGUUUGUUAUGGCCUGGUGGUGGUAAUUUGGGCUCUAACAUGUAACAAAAUCUGGCGUCGGCAACAGUCACAAUUAGCAGAGGACUGGAUGUCGCCAAUAUUUGCAAAUGCAGCUGAUAUGUCGGGCUGGGUGGGCUCGCACAUGGAGCAGUUGAGACCUACGUUCCGCGGCAACCUGCGAGAGAGUCCCAUCAAGGGUGAGAUGGAACUACACUUCCCAGCUUCCCAGCGACGCGUUCUCUACCUUCUCUCGGCCUCUGUCACCUCCUUUUGUGUCCUUAUUGCUCUCUUCAUAAACGUGUUGCUGCUGAAUUUGGAGGGCGUGAUCAACCCCGGACGCUCGCCGUACUUGCACUUCCACUUCAUCGGCUGUCUGUGCGAUCCAGGAAGGAUAUUUGAUCCGAAAGAUGGGUCACUUAAAUUCAUUCCAGGCAUUCUUCAUCCUUUGGUCGUUUUCUACAUCAACCAGGUCGUCUUUCGUCAGAUUGCUGAAAAACUCACCAACAUGGAAAAUCACAAGACCCAAUUCAAUUGGGAUUGUUCUUUGAUAGUCAAGCGAUUUCUCUUUGAGGCUGUUGACGCCUAUGCUUCGCCCUUCUACCUUGGGGUGAUUCUAGUGGACUGGAACGCGCUACAGUCCUUUCUGAUGACCACCUUUGCGACGGACUCCAUUCGACGUCUUAUUGUCGAAUGUUUCUUGCCUUGGGUCAGUUCUCAUUGGCGCGGCCGUCGAGCCGCAGCCAUCGCUGUUGCCCACAAGAAGACAGACGAUGCACCAAAAGAGGCUGAGGCUCAGGCAAAGGCAGUGCAUGCUGCCGUUUUCGGAGUUGAAUAUGAGCCUUUCGAUGACUUUCUUGAGAUGGUCCUUGAGCACGGCUACAUCGUUCUCUUCGCCAUCGCCUGUCCGCCCUAUCUCGCCUGCAUGGCCUUUGUGUGCGCUUGGGUUGAGUUCUUCUUCGAUGCCUUCAAGCUGCUCCAGCUAGUGCGACGCCCGAUGGCACAAUGGCUGCACCGGCGACAGAACAUCUGGCUUGUGCUGCUUUCCGUGCAAGCCUGGCUGGCCAUCUUUUCUAACCUCUGCCUCCUCUCCUGUUACACCCAGUGGAAUCUCCUCACACUGCUCAUUUUGGAGCAUGUGCUCAUCGGCGUUGGUCUUGUCAUCGAAUUGGCCUUCUCCAACACGCCCAUAGCUGCUAAAUACGCCUUUCGAAAGAGAUUGUACGAACGCUAUAAGCGCACCAUUUCAAUUAAGCAGUGA